CUCAACAAACAACAAUGGCUUCAACUUCCUUAAUCAAGUCAUUCACUUCUGCUUUGCACGCUAUCACUUCAACGCUAUUCGGUAUUGUCCGGCAGUACUGUUCCAUCUUCUCUGCUGUCGAAUCACAAACCAGCACCCAUGAUGAUCUCAAUAUUGCUAAGGAUAUUACAGAGCUGAUAGGUAAAACGCCAAUGGUUUACUUGAAGAGUGUCACGGAGGGUUGUGUUGCUAAUAUUGCUGCAAAGCUUGAGCUUAUGGAGCCAUGUUGUAGUGUCAAAGACAGGAUAGGUUAUAGCAUGAUACUUGAUGCAGAGAAGAAAGGACUCAUAACACCAGGGAAGAGUGUUUUGGUGGAACCUACUGGUGGAAACACAGGAAUUGGUCUAGCAUUUAUAGCUGCUACUAAAGGAUAUAAGCUCAUUUUAACAAUGCCGGUUUCAAUGAGUUUAGAACGAAGAAUUCUUAUGAAAGCAUUUGGAGCUGAACUUGUUUUGACUGAAUAUUCAAAGGCUAUGAGUGGAGCAGUUCAAAAAGCUGAAGAAAUUGUUAAAAAUACACCUAAUGCAUACAUGCUUCAACAAUUUGAUAAUCCUGCAAAUCCUAAGGUACAUUAUGAGACUACUGGGCCAGAGAUAUGGGAAGAUACAAGAGGUAAAGUAGAUAUUUUAGUUUCAGCAAUUGGAACCGGUGGAACCCUUUCCGGUGUUGGUCGAUACCUAAAACAACAAAAUCCAAAAGUAAAGGUUAUCGGUGUAGAGCCUCUUGAAAGCAACAUACUUUCAGGUGGAAAGCCAAGACCUCACAUAAUUCAGGGUAUUGGGGCUGGUUUUGUGCCCAAGAAUUUGGAUAAAGAAGUUCUUGACGAAGUUAUAGCGAUAUCGGGCGAAGAAUCCGUCAAAACUGCAAGGCAAAUAGCACUCAAGGAAGGCUUGCUGGUGGGAAUUUCUUCAGGUUGUGCUGCUACAGCUGCAUUACAGGUUGCAAGGAGACCUGAAAAUGAGGGAAAGCUUAUUGUGGUUAUAUUCCCAAGCUUUGGUGAAAGAUAUUUGUCCACUUCUCUUUUCCAGGAACUUCGAGAAGAAUGUGAGAAAAUGCAACCUGAGGCAUGAAACAAUUUUAUUUGUUUCAUGUUUCGGACACAUUUUCAGCCGCACUUUGUAUUGGUCGGUGGAACCCUUAUUUAGCUUGGACAGAUAGCCUCCGGCUCUUCAACGGGUGUUAGCUCUCUAUGGAUUUCCAUCACUUCAUAUUCUUGUUUUAUAGUCCGGUCUUCCGCUUUUCGUUGUCAUUUUAGUUUCAGUUGUAAUGAAUCGCUCGUACUCUUUCUAUUUACAUAAUUGAUUUGCUAUUCAAAAUAAAGACACAUUUUCAACCAUCAUCCACCAUAUUG